UGGGUGGAGGGAGGGAAGGAGAAUAUCAUUCUACCUAGUUUCGUUAUCAGCUUCAGCUUUGAGCUUAUCAUCGCUGUAGGUGGUGUUUUUUUUUCAGGCAAACGGCUUAAAAUCGACUUAAAUUUAUAGUUCGUUGCUGUAGCAGGGAAAAAAUGACGUUGAAAUAAUAAAGCUGUUUUAUCGUGCGUUUGUGAUGAAGAUUACGUUAAAACAAGGGGAACUGAUAGGUAGAGAAGAAAGUUCGUUUCCUUCCGGAAAGAAAUUCUACAGUUAUUGUGGGAUACCGUACGCCGAACCUCCUGUAAAUUUAUUACGAUUUCAGGAUGCGAAACCGCACAAAGGUUGGGAAGGUGUCCUGGAAGCAACCAAAUAUGGAGAAGCUUGUCCGCAAAAAACUCCUUACGUAAAUCCUUUACCGUUCGGCGAUGAAGAUUGUUUAUACAUCAACGUUCAUGUUCCCCAAUCUGAAGAUGAUAAACCAAAGCCUGUUAUGGUGUACAUUCAUGGGGGAGGAUUUCUUUGCGGCAGCGGUGACUUCUAUGGCCCUGAUUUUCUCAUGGAAUACGAUGUAAUCGUUGUAACAUUCAAUUAUAGGCUUCACGUUUUUGGGUUUUUGAAUCUUGGAUUGCCCGAAUGUCCGGGUAACAUGGGACUAAAAGAUCAAGUACUGGCAUUCAAAUGGGUACGUGAGAAUAUCUCGGCUUUUGGAGGAGAUCCGGGUAGUAUAACUGCUGUCGGAGAAAGCGCAGGAGCCGCCUGUGUCCAUUACUUAAUGUUAUCUCCGAUGGGUAAAGGUUUAUUUAAUCGAGCAAUUCUACAAAGUGGAUCGGCUUUGUCACCAUGGACUUGUACCUCCAAACAAAUCGAUCAUGCCUUCCAACUUGGAAAAAUUUUGGGUUGCGAAACGGAUGAUAAACGAGAAUUGUUGAAUUUCUUAAUGGAAGUUUCUCCCGAAGAUCUUGGUAAAGCGGCUAGAAAACUAACCGGUCAGGUUCUUCAAAGCAGUAUUUUAGAAUUAGCUUUUUCACCUUCUGUGGAAAAUUCGAAUCUACCGUUAGUAUUUUUACCUGCCCAUCCAUCAACUUUACAAUGCGUUCAUAACAUUCCCAUUCUGACUGGAAUAAAUGACUUGGAAUCAUUAAUAUUUGUUACCGAUAUAUCGAUGGAAAAGCUGACGAGUAUUCGCCAUAAUGACAGUAUUGUGCCUCUAGAAAUUAAAUCAACCCGGGCUAACGUCGAAGAGAUUUUAAAAGAAAUUGAAAAAUUCUACUUCAAAGAUAAAGACGAAGAUGAAAAUGUAUUACCUGAGAUAGUCGAUCUGUUAACAGACCUGCAGUUUAGUUACCCCUUCGACAAGACCUAUUCGAAUAUGAUGGAAAAUGACUCAAAAACUCCUAUUUUCCUAUAUCAGUUUAGUUACGAAGGGGCUCUAAACAUUCAUAAAAUGUUGAUCAGAAGAUUGUUCGUCGAGUUUGAUUUUAAAGGAGCAUCGCAUUCAGACGAGCUGUCCUACUUAUUUAAAUUACGUCUAAUGUAUCCAGGAUUACAGUACGACGAGGAAUUACAAAUGAUAAAUACAAUGUGUACUUGGUGGAGCAAUUUCAUCAAAUACGGAGCACCUACUCGUCCGGAUGACGCCUUGCAAUGGCAUCCAACUUCGUUAGAAAAUCAACGUUAUCUUCAUAUUGACGAGAAAAUAGAAAUGAAAUCUGGUCGCGUGAAUGAAACUCGUAUGCUGUUUUGGAAUUCAUUAUCGCAGAAGGCACGAUUGCGUAAUAAUUUGAAUUAUAAAUUAUAAUUUAAAGUGUUUCUUACGAUCAACAGUAUAAAUUUAAAGAAUGAUAUGCGUAAAUAGUGGCGCGGUGAACUUAGAAGGUAAUAUGUUGAGAAUUUUUGCAGGAAAAAAAUGCCGAAACGGUUGUACUUGAACGGAAAUCACUCCCAUGACAUGUCCGAUGUAAUUGUUUGUAAAAUUGUCCAAAUUUCAUUUCAAUUCAAUUCCUAAUGGUGUUACGGGGUUUUUAUUUUUAGAUUGAUUCUCUUUGUCAUUAUGAAGUUUGGUAAAGUGGUCGAAAUUACGUGAUGAUACAUUUACAUUUCAUAUUGUAUGUACGUUCAAUCGAAUGAAAUAAAACUUAAUUAUUUAAAAAAAAAAACAGUACUUAUAUUUACCUACAGGAAUUUCAACGAACACGAUCGAUAGAAAUACGCACGAUCGCAACAAUAAUUACAAUUUCCAGUACUCCAAUAGUACCUUACCUAUACCGUUGGAGUAGAAUAAUUUUAUCCGAACAAAAGUAAUUAUAACAAAUAUACGUUUAAGAACGGUGCAUUAAAAAAAAAACAAAUAAAAUAUCACAGAAACAUUU